UUAUCCUUUAAAAAUUAAAAUUCUCACGCCGUCAUCUUCUUCAUUUCUAGGGUUCUAAACCACUGAUCGAGGAGCCAAACGAAGACGAUGGGACGAAGACCUGCGAGAUGUUACCGUCAGAUUAAGGGAAAGCCAUACCCAAAAUCAAGAUACUGCCGUGGUGUUCCUGAUCCUAAGAUCAGGAUUUAUGAUGUUGGAAUGAAGAGGAAAGGAGUUGAUGAGUUCCCAUUUUGUGUUCAUUUGGUUUCAUGGGAGAAAGAGAAUGUGUCAAGUGAAGCUCUUGAGGCAGCUCGUAUCGCUUGUAACAAGUACAUGGUUAAGUCUGCUGGUAAAGAUGCGUUCCAUCUGAGGAUCAGGGUUCACCCGUUUCAUGUUCUGCGAAUCAACAAGAUGCUUUCGUGUGCUGGAGCUGAUAGGCUUCAGACUGGAAUGAGAGGUGCUUUUGGUAAAGCUCUUGGUACUUGUGCUAGAGUUGCUAUUGGACAGGUUCUUUUGUCUGUGAGGUGUAAGGAUAACCAUGGAGUUCAUGCUCAGGAAGCUCUUCGUAGAGCUAAGUUUAAGUUCCCUGGUCGACAAAAGAUCAUUGUUAGCAGGAAAUGGGGAUUCACCAAGUUUAACCGUGCUGAUUACACUAAGCUAAGGCAAGAGAAGAGGAUCGUCCCUGAUGGUGUGAAUGCCAAGUUCAUGUCUUGCCAUGGUCCUUUGGCUAACCGUCAGCCCGGAAGUGCGUUCUUGUCAGCUGGUGCACAAUGAUGCAGAUGACUUGUGGAUGUCGAUUCGAUAAUCUAGUUUUGACAGAUGUUCGGUUUUGUUAUUUUUUGUUAAACGACAGUUUCGAAUGCUGUUCUAUUAUUGAUCGUGGAUAAGACUUUGUUUAGUUCUCUGUUCUGUUCUGUUCUGUCACCACUUAAGAGCACCCCUCAAACCGGCAGUACAUAUAUUUGUUUGGAUUAA